GAUAUUUGGAUGGAUAUUUUUCCCUGAAAUUUACCAACCGCUACAGAAUUUUCUUUUCAAUUACUCUGAAUGUUUUACUGUCGGUUUUGCAGUUAAGUGAUUUUUGCGAGUGAUCAAAGCAUCGAACGAAACAACACGAAAGUUAUUUGUGAGAUUUUUUUUGUGCGUCGCGCGUGUUUAAGGCAAAUAUAUUUUAUGUGAAAUUUUAAACGUUUCUCUUUGUGCUGAUAUAUAACGGCUCUUUUCGCGUUGCCAUUUUUUUUCAAUAAAGAAAAUCAAAAUUAUGUGAUUGAAUAGUUUUGAGUGAUUUUCGUGUUCAUUUGUGAGAUAAAAAGAAGGGAAUUGAAAAUAAUGAAGUAUUUGCAAAGUUUUAGCCAGUUUAUGUUGGUGCAAGUUUUUGUUGGCUUAACAUUAGUGAAAUUCGCCUCCACAUUUCAACCAGAAUUCGCUGAGCCGAUUGUAAAUAUUUCGGUAGCUGUUGCCAGAGAUGCGACAUUCACUUGUCACGUACGACAUUUAGGUGGAUAUCGAGUUGGAUGGGUUAAAGCAGAUACAAAAGCCAUUCAAGCAAUUCACGAGCAUGUCAUCACACACAAUCCACGGGUUACGGUGUCUCAUUCAGAUUUGCAGACAUGGAAUUUGCACAUAAAGUCGGUGACAGAAGACGAUAGAGGAGGAUACAUGUGUCAACUAAACACGGAUCCAAUGAAAUCGCAGAUUGGUUACUUGGACGUGGUAAUUCCACCAGAUUUUAUAACUGAAGAUACGAGCUCCGAUGUUAUCGUACCCGAAGGUUCGUCCGUGAAGCUGACCUGCAGAGCACGAGGCUAUCCACAUCCCAAUGUGACGUGGCGCCGAGAAGACAAUGGGGAAAUAACACUGAAGGAUGGCAGUGGUAGCAAGCAACUAAUUACCUCAUUCAGCGGUGAAGUGUUGAAAUUAAAUAAGCUCUCGCGAAGUGAGAUUGGAAACUUUUUGUGCAUAGCUUCAAAUGGAGUACCGCCCUCAGUGUCCAAACGUAUUUCGCUCAGCAUUCAUUUUCAUCCUGUAAUAAAUGUACGCAAUCAACUAGUUGGCUCGCCGUUCGAAAAAGAUGUUACCAUUGAAUGCAACGUUGAAGCGUCGCCGAAAUCGAUAAAUUACUGGAUCAAAGACGUGAAAGACGGGUUUUCAUCAACAGGUGAAAUGAUUGUUUCAUCACCCAAAUACAAUGUGCAGGAAACAUCGUUGUCACUAUAUGAAACGCGAAUGACGCUCACAAUUCGCAAAUUUCAAAAGGAUGAUAUUGGUUCCUACCGAUGUACGAGCAAAAACUCAUUAGGCGAAGUAGAUAGCAGCAUUAGAUUGUAUGAAAUUCCAGACGCAAAAGGUACCCACAAUCAUCACAAUCACGGUCAUACGUCAAAGCACAAUCCAAACGAAGUGUAUAAAUCGCAUAAACAACAGCAAUCGCAACCGAACCAAGUGUAUUCAAAUCAGCGCACACCAAAGGUGACACAUCCGCCAUUGAUAUCAGACGACGAUGACAAUAUGUUUGGCUCGGCGGAAGACUAUGACGAUCCAGAUUUAUCGCCAAACAUAUUUUCGCGACCAACAAAAACUUCUGAUGGUUUUGGCAUAAAUAAUAACCAUCAUUAUCCAUACCAGAACAGUCAUGGUAACAGUAACAACAAUAACAAUGCUCGAUACAAUAUACCGUUCAGCAGUGGCGGUGGAUCGAAUGGAGCCGGCGGCAAUGUCGGCAACGGUAUCAAUGCAUUAAACGGUAAUAAUGCUUUUGUAACGCGCACGGAAGUUCGAGCAUUCGAUAAUGAGGUAUCGUCGACGGCUGCAUCAACGAUCAUCACUGGAAAAUUCAAAAUAACCAGCAACAUAAUUUAUUUGAUGCUUUUCGAUUAUAAUUUCAUUUUCAUCGUCAUUAAUUUGCUAAUUUCGAUGUCUACAUAAUAAUCGAUUAUUUACCAUGUACACGAUUUGUGUUGAAACAACACAUAUUCAUUAAUUUACGUAGCUGUCAUCGCACUGAACAAUAUUUACAACAAACAAUAAAACUGGAGGGGGAAAAAAACGAACAACAACCAACGGAUAUCAGUUUCAUGGAAGCCAAUAUGUAAAUCAAUAUAACAAUUAUUAAUUAAUUUUCACACGUUUUUGUUUCAUUCUCUUCUCGAUCCGGGUUUUUUUUUCGUUUUGGUUCAUUUGAAUUUGAAAGUGUAGUGUCCAAUGUCGUGAUAGUGCUUGAUGGCAAAUCUCUACUCUAUUUGUUUUCAAUUUAAUGUUUUGGUUUUAAUCUGAAUGUUAUAUUUGUUUAAAAUAAUAACAAACAGGGACAUGUUAACUGUAGCAUUGAUUUAUUUAUAAUUAAAAGCCUCAGCGCUUUUUUUUAGUGUUAUUGAUCGAUAAACAUUUAUACAUUUAAAAAAAAACAACGUUCGAAAUUGUUAACCCUUUUUCAGCCAGUCCAAAUCAAUUUGGCUUCUAUUUUUUUUCUGCUUUUAUGUUCAACGGUAUUGAUCAAACGAAUAAUAUUUGGCACAAACGAAAAAAAAAACUACAAAUGAAAAUAAUUUUUAUAGAAAAAGAAAAAAUGUUUUGAUGAAAAGGGCAAAUAUAAUCUUUCAAUGAAAAAUGAACGCAGCAAAAAAAAUGUUCAAUUGAAUGAUAUUCUAUGAAAGCACAAAAUGAAAGCGAAAUCAGAAAAAAAAUUGGUAUUCACAUACAACGAUGAAAUUAAUAAGGUCGCGAAGAAUAAAUACACUCACAUCCAGCAGCGGUGUGGCUGCAUCAAUUUUGAGGUAACUAAUUAAUUUAAUGGGACCGGUGAUUCGCGGAAAACCAAAACCCCAAAAAAUCUGUUUUGUACGCUCACUCUCUCCCGCGUUCUUUUUAUCUCAAUUCCGUUUGCUCUACUCUAUGUGAUGAUGAUGACCACUUUUUUUGUGAUCGUGCACGCGACUGCUUUUAUUUUUCUGCAUAUUAAAAUUAUGAUGAUGUGCCGCGAACGGUU